AUGCCGACCAAGUCCUCAUACGCUGAUGUCACGGUCCCAGAUGUAGACAUCUGGGGACUUAUGUUUGAUCGCAAAGAUCGGGACUUUGGAGAUGACCAAGUGAUAUAUCGAUCUGCCCUAAACACCAACAGGUUAUACACGUUCGCGGACGUCAAGGCUGCGGCUACAGCAUUCGGAGAAGGCCUCUGCAACCUUUGGGACUGGCAACGUGGCGAUACUCUCAAUAUCUACGCACCAAACGACAUUGAUGUCGGACCAAUUAUUCUCGGUGUCUUCUUUGCUGGAGGCAUCGUGUCUCCUGCAAACCCUGGCUACUCUGCAGAUGAACUCGCCUUCCAGCUCAAGAACUCCGAGAGCAAGGCUAUCGUUACUACCAAGGCAUUUCUACCCACCGCAUUGAAGGCCGCGAAGGAAGCGGGCAUUGACCAAGAUCGUGUAAUCAUCCUCGGCGAGGAGAAGGAUGACACACACCGUGUCAAGCACUGGACCAACAUCCGCAAGACUUCGGGAGCGCAGCGCUACAAGCGACGAAAGGUCAAGGAUCCCAGCAAGGACUUGGCGUUUCUUGUGUACUCUUCUGGCACAACUGGUCUUCCCAAGGGCGUCAUGCUCACGCACCGGAAUAUCGUCGCCAAUCUGAAUCAGGUCCACGCCAUGGCAGGCACAUACUACAAAAGUGGCCAAGACAAAAUUCUAGCAGUGUUGCCAUUCUUCCAUAUUUACGGUCUCACAGCCCUCGUCCACCAACCUCUUCACCGCGGCAUCGAGCUUGUGGUAAUGCCAGGCUUCGACCUCAAAAUCUUCCUCGAAUCUAUCCAAAAGCACAAGAUCACUUACAUUUACGUCGCACCACCAGUCAUUGUGCGACUUGCACGAGAUGACACAGUCAAGAAUUACGACCUCAGCAGUCUCCGAAUGAUGACUUCGGGUGCGGCUCCAUUGACCAGCGAGCUCGUGGAGACGGUGAACUCAAAGUACAAUAUCAAGAUCAACCAAGCAUAUGGUCUCUCUGAAUCCAGCCCAAUGUCACAUUGCCAGCCUUGGGAGGAGUGGCAGUCAUCUAUCGGAUCUGUAGGCAAGAUCGCUCCGAAUAUGCUGGCGCGGUAUGUAAGUGCUGAAGGAAAGGAAUUGGGUCCGGGAGAGACUGGAGAGCUUUGGAUGGCAGGUCCAAACAUUUUCCAAGGUUACUGGAAGAACAAUGCCGCGACGAAGGAUUGCAUUGAGGUCGUUGACGGCCAUCGAUGGUUCAAGACGGGAGAUGUCGGCUUCCAGGACGACAAGCACAAUUUCUACAUCACAGAUCGUGUGAAGGAAUUGAUCAAGUAUAAGGGUUUCCAGGUCGCCCCCGCCGAGCUCGAAGGCAAACUCUUGGACCACCCUCUUGUCGACGAUGUCGCCGUCAUCGGUGUCGACGACAAAUCCCAGCACACCGAAGUUCCUCGCGCAUACAUCGUGCACAACAAACUCGGAAAAGACGCGGGCGACCCGAAGACGGGCAAACCCACGGACAAAGCAGCCAAAGAUGCAGAGGAGAUUAUUGAGUGGCUGGGUAAGAAGGUUGCGCAUCACAAGAAGCUGAGAGGUGGCAUCCGAUUCAUUGAAGAAGUGCCGAAGAGUCCGAGCGGAAAGAUCUUGAGGAGAGUGUUGAAGGAGAGGGUCAAGGCGGAGGAGAAGGAAGGCAAGGCGAAGCUGUGAUGUUGCUACCGAAUUCGGGUCUUGUCUUUGCUGCAAGUGUUUCCGGCGACAAAGAAUGGAUGCAAAGCCGCCAGAUGUUUUUGUAUCCAUGAAUGUAUCUGUGUAUGUAUGUGUGCGCUGUAUCAUCGAAACCUGUUGAGCGUCUUCCAUUUCGCCCGGGCGAUUUUGACCCUC